AUUCACUGUUCUGUCGCUGUUUCUUCACAUUUGAUACUGUCUGUUUGUAAGCCUGAAACAACAUGGCCUUACUAUAUAGCUUGCCUGUUGUCCUUUGCUAUCAUUUGUUUCGGCCGUUCAAGUCCAUGGCUUCGAAGCACGUAUUCAUAAUCAAUUAUUCUCUUCUUAGUCGCCCUUGCCAACGAGAGCUAUCUCAUAUCCGCCUCUCACAUCCAUUUACACUGGUGUCUGGUGUCGUGCUAACCAUUCGUUAUCACGAUGUGCGCGAUGUGUGCCGCAGCAACCGCUCUCCGGCCUAUCACUAGGUUCUGCUCCCAGCUAUCUACCAUGCUCCAGUACAUACCUACCCUUGCUGUUCGUCGUCGUGGAAUGAGCUCUUCCAUCGAUAGGAAUCGUCUGUUCAGAGACACUGAAGCGCAGUUCCCGGAGAGAUGGAGGAAGGAUGGAUGGUAUCUUUCCACUACAGCGGCACUUAUUGCCAGCGGCCAGCCAGAGCUGAUAGGUUCUCUUUACAAUUACAUCAUCUCGCAGCCAUCAUACCAGACGUCUGUAGAUAGACAACGUCUCGUACGGCGCAUGAGAGAAGCCAUGAUCAAAUGCAUCAUUCUCAACGGCAUUCCCGUCGUCAUGGAAGCUUUCGUAUCUCUUGCGAAGCAAGAAAAGCCUGAAGAUCAAGAUCAUAGUUUCACGCGCAAGGACUGGAAAGCCGAUGAAGCUAACCACCAGCGCGGUCUAUUCGUUCUCGAAACGCUUUAUGGCGAAGAUAAUGAUAGGAUCUGGGCAUCAUUCGGUUCACGCAAGGACAUACCACGGCUCUCUAUCGACAUAUCUUAUGAUUUAUUCCUGGCAGAUCACAACACCCUCGACAUCGUCGAAUCCGAGCUCGUCAUCUUGCCUGCGAUCAUGUGCCAAGGUCUCACCAAUUCGACGAAAUGGCAUCUACGAGGAUGUCUGCAGGUCGGUUUAACACGUGACGAGGUGGAAUGCAUAAAACAGGCUAUUGAACGUAUCGCAGAGACCUGUGGGAAAAAACUAAAAGGUCUGCUGAGAGUUUCAGAUAUACCUACGGAUGAGAUGCGAAGGACCAGAAAGGUCAAGGGAGCCCUGAAGGUAUUUGGAAAUAUGUUAGUAUACAAGCUAUCUCGUACUUGUACACGAUCAGGCGACAAGGCUAGCUCUCGAUGUAGUAGCAGCAUGUGUUUGAAAGUGUGGGACGGCGCUAAACUGCUCGAUUAAAUUAUCAAAAUAUAUGGUUUGCUCCAGGCUUCUGGUGCAGCCUCUUUGAG